AUGAGUGAGCAGGAGGCAGCGCAGGGAAGGAGCGGGGACGGCGGAGCAGCCGUGCCUCAGCUCGCGGCGCCAGGCAAGUUUGAUUUCACUAAAGUCACCGAGUGGCCAAGAUGGCUGAAGCGGUUCGAGCGCUACAGGAUCGCUUCGGGGCUGGACAAGCAGUCUCAAGAGUUCCAGGUGAACAGCUUCAUGUAUGCUGCUGGACUGGGAAAACUCAAAGAGCCCUACAAGAUUGAGCUCGACCCAGGAGCAGUCCCAUACGCCCUCUCAACCCCACGCAGAGUGCCCCUUCCACUGCGGGAUAAGAAAAAGAUCACAGGGCCUGAGAUCUGCACCAACAGUGAAAUCACCAUGUGCAUGGUCCAAGACACACCACCUCUUCCAGACAAGUCCUUCACGCCCACAGAAAUAAGGACCAGUCAAGAAAAAGACUCCGUCAUUGGCCCAGUUUUACACUACAAGAUCUGUAACAGGGUUCUCCUCCGCAACUUCAAAGAGAAAGGGGGUCCCGGCAAACUCCGCUCAUACUGGGAAGAUAUGGUGUAUGUGAUAGUCGCCCAGAAACACCCUGAUAUGCCUGUUUAUGAGGUAAAACCAGAACAAGGAGGUAAAAGUCGCACAGUGCACAGAAACUUGCUCCUCCAAUGUGACAGUUUACCUCUAGAAAAACCUGACUACAAACAGCUGAGUAAUCGAAAGAAGAAGACGCAAACAAAUAUAAGACAACAAGAGACAUUCCAAGACAAUGCAGAUUCAGACAGUGAUGAAGAAGGAGCCCUGGUGUGGAGAUCUCCCCGUCUGCAGAGCCAUGAGGACAGCAGAGCUCAGGAGCUGAUUCCUGAGCCUGAGCUGGAGCAAGGCCCACAGGUACCCGAGACUGAGGACCCUCAUCACUCCGAUGACCAGAACAGCUGGCAUAGACGGAGACUCUGA